CAGCCCACAUUGAUUCAGUUCAAGGUUUAUUCAAAUAUUUGCAUGAUGUUAGAUUGGGGGCAGUAAGAGUAGGGGGUCUGGGGUUUAAAAGCUACGAUGAACAAUUCCGCCUAAGGCGUAGCAUGGAUCCCUCAAUUCCAUGGGGAAAGGUAGACAGCGAACUUUGGCUUAUUUACAUGUCUCCAUCUAGCUCAUUGCAAAUUGCUUCCACUGUUUCCCAGCAGUCUGCCAACAUAUGUUUUGAUUACAAUUACAAGGGAUAUUGUAUUCGUCCAGUUUGUGUUUAUCACCAUUCAUGCAUCAGGUGCCACGGUAACCACCCAGUAUCCCAAUGCCCGCUUGCACUAUCCUACCCUCAGUCUCAAACUCGGGUCAACAACAUAAGGUUUAACAACCAGGCAAUUCCUAAGUUAGUUAACCAUCAAGCAUUUGCCCCAUUCGUUUUCGUCCCCGAACACCACAGCCUCGGGUCCCCAGGGGCAACACCCCAAGGCAUAACUGGCCCACCACUACCUAUCAUAACGCAUAUUCCACCAGAACUAUGGGAUAUGGGAAAAACCCCAAUUAAAAUCAACAGUUUGAUUACUUGUCUUGAUGCCUAUCCUAGGAAAGAAUCAGCACUGGAAUUAAAACGGGGAUUUACUGAGGGAUUUCAUUUACAGUACAAUGGGCCUAGGAUACAUAACAUGUCCAAAAAUUUAAGGUCAGCCUCUGAACAUUAUGAACACUUAAUGGAUAAAGUAGGAAAAGAAAUAAGUAUGGGUAGAAUCAUGGGCCCUUUUCAAGAAAGGCCAAUAUCUAAUCUCCAUAUUUCACCUGUAGGAGUAGUACCUAAAGCUGAUGGGGGGUGGCGUAUGAUUAUGCACCUUUCCUAUCCUAAAUAUGAAAGUAUUAAUUAUUUUAUUGACCCAGAAGUGUGUUCUGUGCAUUAUUCUUCAUUUGACAAUGUUGUGGACAUGAUAUCUUCCCUAGGAAAAGGGGCAUUACUGGGAAAGGUAGAUGUGAAAAGUGCAUUUAGGUUAAUCCCUGUUCAUCCAAGUGACUUCGAAUUGUUAGGUUUUUCAAUUGACUCCUUAUAUUAUGUAGACAAGUGUUUGCCAAUGGGGUGUUCAAUAAGCUGUAAGAUAUGGGAAACAUUUGCUAAUUUUUUGCAAUGGCUUACUCAAAAACGCUCAGGGUUAGAAACAUUAGAUCACUAUUUGGAUGACUUUAUCUUUGCAGGAAAGAUAGGGACUUACAACUGUGAAAAACUUAUGUCAGAAUUUGAUAAUAUUUGUACAGAGCUUAAUAUUCCAUUAGCAGAGGACAAAACUUUGGGUCCUGUUUCUGUGCUUACAUAUUUAGGGUUAGAAAUUGACACAGUCAAUAUGCUCAUAAAAAUUCCAAAAGUAGAAAUUUUGAAACAGUAUGUGCAGGAAUUUUUGUCCAGGAAAUCAGUUUUAUUGAAAGAAUUGGAAUCAUUAGUAGGAAUGUUCAAUUUUUUUGGCAAAGCAAUCAGGUCAAGUAGGGCAUUUAAUCGCAGAUUCUAUGAUGCAAUGAGUGGGGCCUCUGAGGCUCAUCAUCAUAUUAGGUUAUUGUCAGAGUUGAAGGAUGAUUUACACAUGUGGGCUAUAUUUUUGGAGAAAUUUAAUGGCAUUUCAUAUUUUCCAUCCAGAGAAUGGAUCAGCUUGGAUGUUUUAGAAUUGUUUACAGAUAGUACAGGUAAUGCAGAGCUUGGAUGUGGUGCAUAUUUUCAAGGGAGAUGGGCAUUCUUUGAAUGGCCACCAAAAUGGCAUUCAUCUGACAUAAUUAGGGAUAUGACAUUCCUGGAACUAGUUCCCUUGGUUUUAGCUAUUAGGUUAUGGGGUCAGGAUUUGGAAUGCAAAAAAGUUUUGUUUUUCAUAGACAAUAGUGCAUUAGUAAGCAUUGUUAACAAACAAACUUCCAAGUCUAAGAGGGUAAUGAAGUUAGUGAGGGAACUUGUUCUUAUGCUUAUGCAGUACAAUUGUAUUUUCAAAGCUAAACAUAUAGAAAGUAGCAAUAAUUGUAUCGCUGAUUCUAUUUCACGCAAGCAAUGGGGAAAAUUCAGACAGUUAGCACCAGAGGCAAAGGAGCAGGCAGAGCCAAUUCCACAAGAUUUUCUGCAGAUGAUUUACAGUUUCAAAUUCUGCAGUAUGGUGUGUGGGGUCUUCCAUUAUUAAACAUGCCUUUCUAGCAGCCAUGCUUAGAACAGGAGGGAUUAACUUGGGGUUGGAAAGAUUGGGAAUAAAAAUAUGGUGGCAAGGGUAUGCUGGAUUAAAGUUCACUGACCUAAAGAAAAAGGUUAUGUAUCUUACUAGGUUAGAGGAAGCCCCUGACUUUCUUGUUAUUCAUUGUGGGGGGAAUGAUUUAGGUGACCCUGACUGGCCCCUCGCUGAAUUAAUAGAACACAUGUCCGAGAGCAUAACCAGCCUAGCUGAUCUCCUACCAAAGACUAAGUUAGUUUGGUCUCAAAUAUUGCCACGCAAGCUAUGGAGAGGAUUCGUAAACGCUUCAAUAGGGCAACAGCAUGUCAAAUACAGGACUUGGGGGGGGGGGCAUAUAUUAGGCACCCAGAUAUUAUUAGGAACAUCAACCAGAUUUUGGGCAAUGACAAUGUGCAUCUCAAUCCUUUGGGUAACAAAAAAUUCUUGAGUGACACUCAGGGGGGCCUUGAAUAUUUCCGAAAAGGGCUUGGGACAGUAUUUCCAGACGAACGCCAAUAAAAGUUACUUCACAUACAAACAAUGCAACUUAAAACUAAAAUAGGUUAUCCCUAAACAUUAAAAUCAUAAAUUUAAUAAAUGGGUU